CUUACUAUCCGCGUACAAAGCAAGAUCACGAGGAGUAUAAUCGCAUUGAUUGGUUUACCGCGAGAAAUAAAUUUCGUUCUGCUCGCUAGCGAAACUCGAGAACUCGUUUCGUUCCGUAAGUUAAAGCACGCGUCAGUAUGUAACGUCGAGAAAAGUAAAGAAAAGAAAAUAAAUACAAGGGCGAAUAUUUGCAAAAUAUUACGUCGAUAUGUACGCUGGAACGCAGACGCGAGGAAAAAUAAAACGCAAAGAAAAUUACUCCAGCUCGUAUAUUUUACUCCUUUCCCUUUGUAAUGCUAAUUCUACUUAGCCGAAUCCUAGAAUCGUGAACUUCCGUGGUAAAUAUUAAACGGGAUUAACAAAAAUUAGAUAAGCGCAAGAAGUGCAAUGGUAUCGCGGUAGUAUGUGCAUGUCGUUAAAGGAUUCGUGGAUGGUAGUAGGAUGAUGAAAUUAAAAAAAAAAAAAAAAAAAAGAAAAAAAAGAAAAAUAUAAAGAGGAAAAGAGAUGAGUCUCUUAUUCUCUCUUUCUCUCUUUUGAGGCUUUCUCUCUAGACGCAAUCUAAAAUCAACGUACAUAUAUAUAUAUAUACAUGCAUACAUAUAUACAUAUUCGCGUAUAUACGAGCUCGUCAAUAUUAUCAAAUUUUCGUACGACUCCUCUGGAUCUCGUUGAAAUUGCAAGGUUCGUCGUUCGUCCGACCGACAUUUAACGCGGAAUCGAGUAACCUACUUCUGACAAACGCAGGAAUCGCGUCACAUAGCGAACGAGAAAUCUCUGAUAACGGAGCAACGUAUUUUGGCGCUUGAAAUUGGUCACAAUAUCGUACUCGCUUGCACCUUCGUGAAAGCUUUGUCUCACGCGAGAUUAAAAGCUUUGUCGUUGUUUGUCGGGAGAGUUUUACGAGAAAUUUUCACGUGUCAUUGAUUCCACGUGAUACUCUCCCGUUUAUCGCGAGACAAUGUCUAUCAAUAUACGGAUGUUAUCUUCCUUUCGACGUACAUACAUACGUACGUACGUACGUACGUUACCAAUAAUGCUCGCUCGAAUCCCAGGAGAAUGAACUUCCAUCCUCGAUAAUAUUAUGCCAACGAAGAUACACACACUUAGAGAAGAAAUAUCGUCAGACUGGCCGAGCCCGAAAGAGAACGCCUGACGCAAGAGUCUCGCGAUGAUAUCUUACGUUACCGUAAGUUUUCCUCGUUCUAAUUGGAUUUUGACGAUCGACCGAAGAGGAAUCGAAGUGGGAACUCCUUAAACUUAAUCGGUCCAUGGAUCUCUCUUUGAAGAAUCGGAAAACGAGGGAUGCUAAGAGCAGUGGAAAAAUCGGAAAGAAUGAGAUUUUCCAAGAAAUAUGACCGACAGAAUAACGUAGUAUUGCUCGUGGCGGCUCUUUGACGUACGCCACGAAACGCUAAGGACUGAUAAAGAUUCAAAAAGAGAAAUAAAAAGAUAAAGAAAAAUUUGAUCUUCGAGAUAGGAGAAAACUCUUUUCGUAGCGUUACUCGGUUCUUUAUGGAUCCGUCUCGGUUCGGACACACAAUGUAAAGAAAGCAGCUAGGAAAGUGAAGGAAGAGAAGGGCGAGAGAGAGAGAGAGAGAGAGAGAGAGAGAGAGAGAGAGAGAAAGAGAGAGAGAGGAAGGAAGGAAGGAAGGAAGGUAGGGGCACAAAAUGGGAGCAGCGAAAUUCGUGCUCGGUAGUGCGAUUCUCGGACUCUUUUGGAGCUGUUUGCUGAUGAAAGGUGUCCUGACGAAUUCGACGAACAGGUGCGACUAUUCGCCCUGCUCCUGCGAUCACUACGGCAGGUUGACCUGCGACUGCAAAGAGGAAGGAGAGGAAUUGAUACUGAGCACGGAAAGCGACAGGAAGUUGAGUCCGCACACAAGCCGGAUAGUCGUGAGCAAUUGCUCGUCCGUGAUCGUAGCAAACUCGAGUUUGACAUCGAUGGCUGGUCUACGAUCUGUGGAUCUGGUGAACGUGGCAAAUCUCAGCCUAGUCCGGCAUAGCUUCAAACUUUCGCUUAGCAGCGCGCGCACAAGGAUAUCCGUAAGGAACUGCAGCAUCGACGUGCUUCCUAGUUUCGUGUUUGGUGGCGACGUGGAAGCGAUAAGCUUCGAGAACGUGAGGAUAGGUCAGUUGAGCGCAUUCGCCUUCGCGAAUCUCUUUCACACGGAUACCCUCAGGCUGGAGAAUUGUCAGAUCGAGAGUACGGAGGCGCAAUCCUUCAAGAAGUUCGACGUGGGAUACUUGCACGUGAUCGGUGGUAGUUUCGGAGAGCAAGUACCGAGCCGUACUAUGAACGACAUUGAGGUACACCACAAGUUCAUGCUUGACGGUGUCAAAAUGGGUAUGGUAAGGAGCGAGGCAUUCAUAGUUCGAAGUCCACGUACCGUUGCGAUUCAAAACUGUUUGAUCAAUGGUCUCGAGAGCGAAGCCUUUGAUGUAACGGCCCGAGGAGCCGUAAUAAUAAAGAAUAACACCUUCGGUAGUCUAGCCGUUGGCGCGUUUCUCGGUAUACGAGCGGAUCCAGAAACGAGGCCACCACCGGCUUCCUCCUCUUCUGCGAAUCUACACGACCUCAUAUUUAAGAACAAUAGCAUGUCUACGUUCGAGGAAGGCUCACUGAUGUUCGAUCGUUCGAGCUUUCGUCCAGAACUCGACGAUCUCUUGGUAAAACAGCCCUGCGAUUGCAAGAUGUUACCAUUGUGGAGGAAUAAUGUUCUAAAUUACACAAACAUAUAUUCGAGAUUCUACAUGCGACAAAACGCGGUGAUGCCACCGAUUUUACCAUCCCAAGAUUCGAUCGAAACUCCAGAAACUUUUCUCUUCUGUGUGGACGGCCACACAGAGGACGCGACUACAGCGAGCUUUAGCGAUUACGAGGCACGACAUUGCUCUCUCGGUGGAUCAAUGCUCGUACUUAUACUCGUCAUAGUCGGAAUUCUCGUUACCCUUCUCAUCCUUGCGUGUCUGAUCGUCUGGUGUUGCAAAAGACGACGUAGGAAUGAUAGAAAACGAUGGAUGAGCGUGCCAACUAACGCACCGGAUGUCGUCUCGAAGAAGAACGGUGUAAUCGGUAGAGAAACGGCCACGUCGGGUACACCGGUAGACAGCAGAAUAACUAUGGUCGUGCCUGAUGGGAGACUUUACAGGGAAACUGAGUUUCACGUAAUCGUCGAAAAGGCCGAACCCUUGACCACGGAAUUGUAACGAGAAGCCUCGUACGACUCGACGCGUUCCACGAACGAUCGAAUUCAUCAUUUCGAGGAUCAUCAAAGUAAAAUGGAACCGUCGGGCUCGUCUUCUAUCCCCACCACUACCACCACCACCACCACCACCAAUACUUCCUGUCGUUUUCGAGUGUACAAGCUUUGAUACGACGUAUCGUAGAAGAAAAUAAAGAAGUAAAUAACAACGAUAAAGAAGAGACGAACGUUGUUGAGCAUGUGUUUGUGCGCGUACUUUUCUUCCUUCUCAUUUAAAUGAUUUAGGAAAGAAACAAAGGAAAAAACAAAAAAACAAAAAAAAAGAAGAACACGGAACGUUUUCGAUAAACGCUAUCGUACCUCUUUGCGGGUUCCUCAAACUUUUUUCACGUUUACGUACGUGUAUUAUUACGCGAUAAACAAAAAGAUAUCUAUAUGUAUAAGUCGAUAAUGAGAUAAGCGUUCUGCGAUGAAAAAAAAACAAACUAUAAUGUCCUUGACGUAAUCCUACGUCCUGGAAUAACGAUCAAUGUCAAAACUCUAUUCACUCUCGAAUUCAUUUAGUCGAGUAUUCUCUAUUAGUACAAGACAAGUUCGUAAGCUUCCGAUUAACAUAUCACCAAAAGCACGAGUACCGAUUAUCCGAGCGUGUCCUUCUCAUUCCUUCGAUCUCCUCCCUCUUAUUGUUUUCUCUCUUUCUUUCUUACUUAUUCACUUAGUAUGAGGCGGUCACGUUCCUCUCGGCGAUAAAGAGAUUUCCGAUCGAGGUCACGAGGACGGUUAAUCGGUCGUCGUUGCUAGUUAAGUUUAUAUCGUUAGGUAGCUUUCGAGAGGCGGUUGGUUAUCUACGAAGAAGACGACGAACCACAUUCAAGUUGUACAAGAAAACAGUGAGAUGUGUUUCUUCAUUUGAUAUUCCAUUUGUAACUUUCAAAGGCACGAAUUCGUCCCGAUUGAACGAAGGAACGAACAAAAGAUGGAACGAAGGAAGGACCACCGCUAAAAUCUUUCACUAACUUAAUCUCUCGUAAUUUUUCAUUCGAUUUUUAAUUCUAAAGAUAUCCCAGUCAGAAUUAUUAAAUGUACAAUUCACGAAAAGAUCCACGAACCAUUUCACAUACAAACACUGCCUACACAUGUAUUCUCCAUGGAAACAGAUUAACGUAGAAAAAACUCGAAAAAUAAAUUCACCUAAAAUUGUUCCUCUUCCAAGAUUCAAUAACGUUAUAAAUGCCGAAAUAAAAUCUCAUUUGUUUUCAUUGAAUAAUUAAAUAAGCAAGCCAUAUUAAAGUCGCUUAAAUAUUCUCGAGACCAAAGACUCGAGAGAAGAUAAUAAAGAAGAUAGGGAAAAUAGGAAGCACUAUUUUCGAGGAAUUAAUUCGUAAAAAUGACACUCGAAGAUGCGAAUUCGUAUUAAAAGAAGAUCCUAAUAAGAUCAACCGGUAAAAAGAAAAAAGAUGUUGAUUCUUUUAGGCUUGUAAAAGCUAUCAUCUGAUACUUGGGCGAGAAUCCAUGCAUUAUUAAUGCGCACUCGUCCCUUUGUAACGAUAUUCCAGAGGUAGUUUCUCUUAGCCUGAAGCGAUAUCACGCGCAGAAAUUGGGCCUCGAAGCUUCCGAGAUUAUUGUGUGCGACGACCUUCGUCGAGUCGUUACCUUGAGCCUUGAGGAAAUCUCAAGAUAGAUAUACUAUUAACGUCAGUUGCGAGCAUGAACAUUGCUCCAACUUGGAGUACAUGUGCGCGCAUGUUAGAACCUAUGCGAGUAUACGUCUAGCGAUUAUCGCUUUUUGGCGAGAAUUAAGUUUUCUAAUGACCGUUUAGUUGUAAUUAUCGUGAAACUGUGAUAUACCGACAGCUGACUAUGUAAUUUGUUUUACAUCGAGCGACGUAUGAUCGACGAUGAAGAAUAAAGAUCACGCUAAAUACAUAAGCGAUAAAUGAGUUGAGAUUAUAUUUAAACCGGACACGUUAGAGCUCGCGCAUAACUAUAAGAGACCUGCCUGGUACGAUAAGAAUAACACGUCGGAUCGAUGAUAACAGGCGUUAAUUAUCGUAGACACGAUCCAGAACGAGUUUUUUUAUCUUUUUCUUUUUUCUUUCUUUCUCUUUACUUCUUCUUCUUCUUUUUUUUUUUUUUUUUUUUUUUUUUUUUUUUUUUUUUCAAUGACUACAUUGUCGUACGUCAUCCCAAGACGGAAAAUUAAUACGUCGACUUGGAUUUAUUACGUAUCAACAAUUCGCAAACUUUCCAUACCUCGCAUGGAUAUUCGCAUCUAAUAUUUACUCAACAAGACGAGAUUGCGCGAUUAUGAAGCUGUCAGAGACGCGUGUUUCUCUCGUUAGAUGAGUCACUACUCAUGCUACAGUACGCGGCAUUAACGCCAAAGGCGAGAGUAAUUAUUCUAAAUAAUUCUAAGACGACAUUGUGUUCCUUGAUACUCAUUUCAUAUAGUAACCUACAAUAACGAAUAGAUUACUGUCACUGAUCGUUUAAAAAUAUAUUUUCUACUUUUCGAAACGGAAUAAUAACGAGCCCGAGAUAUAUAAAAUCUUCUUGCAUUACAUCUUUCUAGUUCUUCAUUUUUCUUAAUUUUAUCGAAUCGAUUGAUUUUUGUUAAACUUACCUGAAGGGAAGAACUCCAUCGAGAGCUUGAGAUACCGUUGGCGGUGAUGAUAAAGCAAAUCCUCGUCCGAGUAAGAUCGAAUGUACGGAGAAUAUCCGCUUCGCUGUUUCUUGCAUAGUCUCGAAGUCGUUCUGUACUUCCUCCGCUGUAAACAAACGCAUAAAAUGUAAAAUAAGAAAAUUUAUUACAUUUUAUUCAAAACAAAAAAGUAAGAUAAUAAUAUUUUUCAUAAACCCACCUGACACAGGUGGUAAAAUAAGAUUUUUCUUCAUUAAACUGGCGCUACAUGCUCCACCAAGAAAUGAUAGUUCAAUUUCUAAAUUUUUCAAACCAUUUCCAGAUGUAAUCCAAUCAUAACCGAUGACCAAACACUUGAAGCCGUAUGUAUUUGAUCUUUCGUUUUUCAUAUAAUCGGAUGCAGUUUCCAAAGAAAAUAUUACUUCGUUUCCUAGAAAAUAUUAUUCAAUUUAAGAUUGUAGAAUGUAACUAAAAAUUAAAUUUAACAUUUUUAUUUUAAUAUAUGUUACCUGGUAAUACAAUUGCAUUUUGUGGCCAUUGACUUUGCACAUUACUCAUUUUAUGUAAUACCGGCCAAUAUAACAAAGUGUCUUCCGACACAGUGUUUCCAUGUGUACUAAAAAAGAAUAGAUAAAAGAAUGUCGUUAAAAAAAAAAUAAUAAUAACAACAAAAACAAAUGAUUAGACUCGCAUAUAAAUGAUAUAAUUUUUUUUUGUUUUGUUUCUAUUUACCCAGCCGAGGCAUUUGUAAUAACGUUUGGAAUGUAAAGUUGUAAAUAAUCCUCUGGCUGUGACGUUCCACAAUCCGAAGUGAAUUCGAUCGUUAACCAUUUUACGGAUUCUGGAAAAUUAACUUUAUAAUGUGACACUGCAGAAGGUUUAUAGGGAUGAUCGCUUUCCAGCCAGGUGUAAUGAUGACUGGUGGUAAUAGGUGGAGUAAAAUGAGGUUGUGUUUCACUAUCUUGCGAUAAUUGAGAUGUUCCCAUAAUGGAUAAUAAAUUUAAAGCUGCGACGUGAGGAAGCAUUUCUUGUAUCAAAGUUAAUAUUUGUACGCCACUCUGAAAUCGAAAAUGUUUAUUAUUAUUUUGCUUUUAUUUAAUCAUUAAAAAAGAAAAUUAUAAUAAACAUUAUUUACCCUUGGAUCUGAUGUUGCUAAAGGACUAAUGUGAGCCAUCACUAAAGGUAAAAGAGUCGUUACAAAAGUUGCAUUACCAAGUACUUCACUGGCAGUAACUUCUUCGGCCCUUUCUCUUGCUAAUGCAAAUAUUUCGUUAGAACGUUGAAUAAUCGUAGCUGUCAUGGCAAGGGUACACUUUCUUGCCUGUACUUCGGCUAUCGCUUGACUAGUAUGUUGACCAUCAGAAUCUUGAGGAUUUGAAAAAUAAUAAAUGUGUGGUAUUUGACCUCUUGUUUGUGUUGUUCCUACGCAAACAUGAUUAGAUAAAUAUCACGCGAGAAAAAAAAAAUAAUUUAUAUUGAUGAAGUCGUACCAUUGAAACUGAAUGAACAGGCCGUGAAUGUAAAUGUCGUGCCAUCUGGUCCUUUGACUACGCUCAAACCGCCAUCUCCAUUACUAGUACGUCCACCACGAUUUCUCAAUUUAAUAGCAUACUUUACGUUUUCCUUGAUUGCUACUGGUUUAUUGAACUUUAUUUCUAUUAUAUCAUUGACACAACCUUCUGGCCCAAAGGAUCCUCUUGUAAAAUCUAAACUAGUCCAACGUUGAGUGUGAGACGGAUCGUUUCCAGUAUUACUUUGCUGUAAAAAAAAAGAAGAGAGAAAAAAAAAAAGAACAAUCAAUAAUAAAUAUUAUUAAAAUAAAUAAUAAAUAUAUAAAAGAAAAUUCGAAAUUACAUACAUCCUCUAAUAAUUCUAAUUCGUAUUCGUAUACUCCAACACCUCCAAAAAUACCAAUGCCCGCGAUAAAGAUCCCUGAUCUAUCAACGGAGAAGCAAAUGGCAUCGGGAGAACCAUUUCCAGUAUUCCAAGAUCUCGUUUGACUUGUUCUAGUGAAUCUCGAAGGUGUAGUAUACAUAAGUUUACCAUAAGAUCCUUGCAAUUCGUCUUCGCUUCCAUUGGAUUGUGCCGCUAAUUCAGCGAUAACACGGGCGAGUAAAUAACAACAGUGCAAAAUUAAUUCUGAUAAAGAAUAACUUUUCUCUCUACAAAGAUUUUUUUUCACUGGUACCAAUACCAAAUCUAAUAAUCUUUCGAGGACUUCGCGAAACGACCAAUUCAAUAUCUCUUUUCCAGAACUUUCCACCUGAGAUUUAUAACUAAUUUGUUCAACGAGAAUAGGAUAUUGAUGUGCGUCUGUUGAAUUCAUCAUUAAUAAACCAGCAUUAUCCGAAGGGCUCAAUUGUCGUUUUAUACCAUCACUAUUAUCCAUCGUAUUAGUUAAAAUUGGAAACGUGCAUCUAAGACGAAUCGUAGGACUGCAAAGGGAAGCUACAACUGCCGAAAGAAGACGAUCUUUCGUGGUUACUCCUUGUUCCUGAAAAUAUUAAAUAAUUCGACAAUGUUUAAAUAUAUAUAUAUAUAUUUAAAUAAAAAAUUAUAUUUUGUUUAUAUAUGUAUGUAUGUAUGAAUGAGACUUACUUUAUUUAUUUCUGACAAUAAUUCACAUAAAGAAGUCCAUUUUAAAUAUGCCGUUGGAUAAAAUGCGUGAUAACACGAUACAAAUGUUUUAUGACACUCUUCGAGUAUACUAUUACUCAUUUUAUUAUUUAAACUUUCUGAAUCUAUAAAAUAAAGAAAAUUAUUAUAUAUUAUAUAUUAAAAAAUUAAAAUGACAUUUAUUCAUUUCUAACGAUAUAUUUAUAUCAUAAAUAAAAUAAAUAAAUAAAUAAAUAAGUAAAAAUAAAAAAAAAACGUACUUUUGUUAGAACGUGUUUUGCCUUUACAUUUUGUGCUCAAAGGUACUGAAUCGGAUAAAAUUUGACGUAAUAAAGCUCGUACUUCGCCUAUGCAUUCAGCGAGACGCACAGAUUCUGAUGGAGUUCUCUUUCCAGCUGUAUAAAAUGCACGAAUUUUUAAUAUUUUGUUCUUUUUCUUUUUUCUUUUUUUUUUUUUUUUUCCCUUUCAUUUUCCUAUACACAUAUUCGAAUACAUACCUUGAUUUGGAUAAAUUUCAUUGGUAUAUAUUCUAAGCAGCCGUAAACUAGCUUUACUAAUAUAGACUAAACGUUCCAUUUCAAGAAACACAUGAGACGAUGAAGCAAUGUGUACUGCUGCAUCUGCCAAUCCUGCCUUUAAUGUAUUCCAACUCCAUUGAAGAAGAGAUAUUAAAGAUUGAAAACAAUCCUGCAAUCAAUAUAGUUUUUGCAUUAUAAACUUGUAAAAAAGUAAAUGUGCACAGUUGCACAUUUUCUUUUUUUCUUUUCUUUUUUUUUCAUUUUCUAAUAGUAAAUACAUACUUUCGUUACUGUUCUACUAAAUUCUCUUUUAAGUAUAUAAACUGGUCCUAUUUGAUCUCUUUGUCUAUUGGACGUUUGAUUUUCUGGUGUUACAACACGAUAUAAUAAUUGUGGAAUUUGUCCGGCAUUAACAUCAGUUCCAUUAUUAGAUCUCUUUGAUGAUUUAAAAUAGAAUCUGACCCUAUAUUUAUUUUAAAUAAAAAUUAAAUUAAUUGCUUCCCAUAUAACGUAACUUUUUAUGUCAAAAAAUAAUAACUAACUGAUCCUCUGCUGUGACCAUUCCUUGCCCACUAGAUCCACAAUCGCUAGAUGAACCAUCGAUUUUUGCCCAUGCCACGUACCAUCUGUUUGCUUGCAAUGCAAUAGGUUCAUCAAAUAAAAUUGCAUACUUUUGUCUAGGUCCACAUUCAUAUGGUAUCUCUUCUGUUUCUGCUAAAAGUUCCCCAUCAUUUUCUUGAUCACCUCCAUCAACUCCAAUAUCAAAUAACUAUAUGAAUUAAAAAAUUACUAUGUAACAUAUCGUUUAAUAUUAUCUUUAUUUAAAUAUUGUUUCAUUACUUUUAUCUUUGCUGUGUAUUUAUCACGACCUCCAAACAAACCAUAUCCGCCUAAUAGUAUGUCAGUGUUAGGCAUGAAUCUAAUUGCUUCAAUGGAACGACCGGAAUAACCCCAACCUCCACCAUGAUCUAAAUAAUUAUAAUUAAUUAUGAAUGGAGAUAUAUAACUUGUUUGUUUAUAAUUACGAUACAACUAAUGAAUACCUACUUUCAAAUCUACUAACAGUGGCAAAAUCUUCUCUACUAUAGACUUUACCAUGAGUCGAUUGAUCGCAUUCAUUUUCUUCAACUAUAGUUAAAUUUUCAUCUUGUGCUUGUGUAAGUGUAUCCAAGCAUGCUAAUAAAUGCAUUGCUGCUUGUGAACGUGUUACAAAACAUGUAGGUACUACAGGUAAUGCCAAACCAGGACUAAGUAUAGAAGCUUCCAAUCCUGAUAUAGUUCUAGCUUCUGUAGAUAUAAUGUUGUACAGGCUUAUUUCAUUAUUCACGGGAUUAAAAGUCCAAAUAACAUUGUACAAAGGAUCUAGACAUGCUGCAUAAUUGCUAAAAUCCACUUGAUCGUUACCACUGUAACUAUUGCAUGUCCCAUCUCUUUUACUUAUAACUAAGCAUUUAAAAGAGUUUGCAUGAUCAUUUUGAUGUGGAAGUAAUACUGUAAAAAUUUAUUACAAAUUACACUAAGUAUUAUACAGAUAAUUAUUAUAACAAUAACGUUAUUAAAGAUGAUUAUACUUAUGCAAUUCUUAUUUGCCAUUACAGUGCUUCUUGUUAAACUAAUCGAAUUAAUUUCAUCGACUUUUAUAUAUGUUUGAUCUCCAGCAGCUCCGAUCCAUGUUGCACGUCUACCCCAUCGGGAACCAAUAUUCGGAACUAUACUCGGAAAGCUUUGCCACGGUUGAGCUUUCUCUGCGCGACGACUAGAUUGAGAAGUGAUAUUUACAGAUUCAUUUUCGCUAGUUCCUACUGAUCUGCCUAAUUGUCCUUUCUGUAAAUAUAGGAUAUAUAAGAUUUGAAUAAAUAAAAAUAUAUUGACACAAUUAAUAUCCGAUAGAUACCUGAUAAGCACCAAAUGUAUACACUUCGCCGUUUAUUGUAAGAACAACAGUAUGAUUAGAUCCAGCAGCGACUUGAGUCGCUAAUGUAGGUAAUUUAACGUGAACUGGACCAGCAUGUGUUACCAUAUAUCCGAUACCUAAUUGACCAUAUAUAUUGCUUCCGAAUGUGUAUACUUCUCCAUUUUGUAAAAGGAUCACUGUAUCAUGUAAUAUAUUUUCAAAUAUAAUUUAAAGUUUUAUUACAA